AUGGCUUUACCAGCGGCGGCUCGGCGGCUGCUGCACCGCCGUUAGACACACUCGGAUGCAGAGAGGGAGGGAGGGGAGCUCGUAAGCGUGGCUGUGGAACAAAUCAAGAAAAAAAGGAAGAGAGGGAGACUUUUACCUCCUCCUCUGCUUCGGCUAACAAACUCACUCCUCCUCUCCAGACCCACAGGAGCACAUGCCGGUGUGAGCGCAAGUUUUCAAAAAACAUUAUUUUAUGGAUUUCCGAAACUAAGGGGAGUUAUGGAGGUGGCAGUGUGAACCGAGCCUUCCUCCCCUUCCUGUCGGAGGGGUCAGAGAGGAGAACACCUGCUGACAGUGAGGAGUUCCUGAAGGAGGCGACGCAGCAGCAGCCGCAGGAGGAGGAGGUACAGCACCGUCUUCAUGCUUCUGCAGAAGCGCCUGUGCGGACUGAACACAGCAGGACACGCCACACACACCUGACAGGUCCCUACUGAGCCCAGCGCUGUCAAACACUUGCCACACUCUACAGCAUCAGAACAAGAAGCUGAGACAACUCGUGGGAAGCAGCUGAUUGGUUGACCUUUGUGGGGAGGCCCGGGGGUCAAAGGCCAUGGCAGGUCGACUUCUCCUCUUCCUGUUCGUCUCCGUGGCGCUCUGUCACGCUCAUUUUUCUUCUACGCAACGCCUGAAGCCCCGCCUCCAGAGAGACAGACGCAACAUCCGACCAAACAUCAUCCUCAUCCUGACUGAUGACCAGGACAUGGAGCUGGGGUCGAUGCAGGCAAUGAAUAAGACUCGCCGCAUUAUGGAGGAGGGCGGGACUUCCUUCUCUAAUGCCUUUGUGACCACACCCAUGUGCUGUCCGUCACGCUCAAGCAUGCUCACUGGGAAGUAUGUUCACAACCACAACACCUACACCAACAACGAGAACUGUUCCUCGCCGUCUUGGCAACGGCAGCACGAGCCGCGGACCUUCGGCGUUUACCUCAACGACACUGGAUACAGGACAGCCUUCUUUGGAAAGUACCUGAAUGAGUACAACGGUUCGUACGUUCCCGCCGGGUGGAGGGAAUGGCUCGGUUUGGUGAAGAACAGCCGCUUCUACAACUACACGCUGUGUCGCAACGGCGUGCGAGAGAAGCACGGAGCGCAGUAUCCACAGGACUACCUGACCGACCUGAUCACGGCAGAGUCGAUCCGUUACUUCCGCUCUUCAAAGCGACUUUAUCCUCACCGCCCUGUUCUGAUGGUUCUGAGUCACGCGGCCCCUCAUGGACCCGAAGACUCUGCCCCGCAGUACAGCACCGCCUUCCCCAACGCAUCGCAGCACAUUACUCCCAGUUAUAAUUACGCGCCAAACCCAGAUAAGCACUGGAUCAUGCGUUACACCGGCCCCAUGAAGCCCAUUCACAUGGAGUUCACCAACAUGCUGCAGAGGAAACGACUGCAGACGCUUCUGUCUGUGGACGACAGCGUGGAGAAGCUGUAUAACAUGCUGGUGGAGACGGGCGAGUUGGAAAACACCUACAUCAUCUACACGUCAGAUCACGGCUACCACAUCGGCCAGUUCGGCCUCGUUAAAGGUAAAUCUAUGCCGUACGAGUUUGACAUCAGAGUCCCGUUCUACAUCAGAGGACCUAACGUGGAGCAGGGCAGCAUUAACCCUCACAUGGUCCUAAACAUCGAUCUGGCUCCGACCAUCCUGGACAUCGCUGGCGUCGACACGCCUCCAGAUAUGGACGGAAAGUCGAUAAUGAGUCUGCUGGACACAGACAAACCUGCCAACAGGUUCCAAGUGAACAAGAAGCCGAAGGUGUGGAGAGACUCGUUCCUGGUGGAGAGAGGGAAGCUGCUCCACCAGGUCGUCGAAGGUAAGGAAGUGUCGCAGGAGGAGAACUUCCUGCCCAAACGCCAACGAGUGAAAGACCUCUGUCAGAGAGCCGAGUACCAGACGCCCUGCCAGCAGACGGGACAGAAGUGGCAGUGUGUGGAGGACGCCACGGGGAAGCUACGGCUCUUCAAAUGUAAGAAUGAAGGAGGGGCCACAAGCUUCCAGAGGGGUGUGAUUGGCCGUCAGCGUCCAAUCAGCAUCAAGUCUCAACUGUACCUUCCAAAUUCUGGCGCUUGCGACUGCAAUUUCCGUGACCUGCGACCUCUGAACCUUCGACCCCCCAUGAUGAAGCCGUUCAACAAGAAGCCUUUCUUCUCCAAAAAGAAGUUCAAAGCCCUGAAGAAUUACUCCAGGAACCGUUACAGCCGCUCUCUCUCCAUGACGAACAAUUACCCUGGAAACCAGAGCCUGGCAGGCUGGGAUCAGCCAAUGAGAGACGAGUCUGAGGACGAGUUUAGCGGGAUGGGAGGAGAUCCCAACGCCGUGGUCACACCCAACUCUGUCAAAGUCACUCACCGAUGUUCCAUCCUGUCUAAUGCAACAGUGAAGUGUGACACGGGAGUGUAUCAGUCCCUGCAGGCCUGGAAGGACCACAAGCUGCAUAUCGACCACGAGAUUGAGACUCUGCAGACGAAGAUAAAGAACCUGAGAGAGGUCAGAGGUCACCUGAAGAAGGCCCGCCCCCAGGAGUGUGACUGCAGUAAAUAUCUGUACAAAUCCAAACUGAAGAACAAACUGAGGUACAGAGGAGGAAGUCUGCAUCCGUUCAGGAAGGCCGGGGCUCGGGACAAGAAGGCGUGGCUUCUGAAGGAGCAGAAGAGGAGGAAGAAGAUGAGGAAGAUGAUCAAGAGAAUCAGAAACAAUGACACGUGUUCAAUGCCAGGACUCACCUGCUUCACUCAUGACAACCAGCACUGGCACACGGCGCCGUUCUGGACGUUGGGUUCAUUCUGCGCCUGCACCAGUGCCAACAACAACACGUACUGGUGUCUGAGGACCAUCAACGAGUCCCACAACUUCCUGUUCUGUGAGUUUGCGACUGGCUUCCUGGAGUACUUUGACCUCAACACAGACCCGUACCAGCUGAUAAAUGCUGUCAGCUCUUUAGAUCGGACGGUUCUCAAUCAGCUCCACGUGCAGCUGAUGGAGCUCAGAGGGUGCAAGGGACACAAACAGUGUAAUCCUCGCACGCGCUCAGUGGAACCAGCAGGAGGGCGGGCACAUGGCAGCUUUCAUGACUACAGGCUGUUUGAGAGGAGGAAGUGGCAGAGAGUCAAGAAACCUUCAUCGUCUCGAACCCUGGGUCCGAUCUGGGACGGAUGGAAGGGCUAAACCUUUAGAUUGGUUGAACUCCGCCCACAUCAGCUCGAAGGUGGAGGGCGUGGUCGUCAAUACAUCAUCACCAAUUGACCACCACGGCUCCGCCUCACCUGUCAGCCAAUCAGCUUCUUUAGUCUAUGUGACAUCACCAGGACCUCCCACCCUGCCGCUCAGGGAGACACUGGGACAAAAUAGUCGACGCACCCCUCCACUGGGUGCUCCCGCUUCCUCCUCUUCCUCCCUUGACGAGGAGGGGAGCACCAUGUGGAGGAGCAAGAAGAAGGAGGAGGAGAGGAUGAGGAGGAUGAUGGGGAUGAGGAGGAGACAGAGAGGUAGACGAGAAAACCGUGAUUGUAAAAUAAAAGCAGGCUUGUUUGAGGAAAAACGUUUUGCUGUUUCACACCACCGAACAUCAAUCUGCUGAAAAUCCGUCUGCUAAAAUUCUAUUCUUAUCUCUUCUUAUCGACUCCUGUUUUCAUCUCGUCUCUGACAGAAAUCAUGUUGCUUCAGGUGUUCAUUAAGCACUCUUUGAUUUUAAUUUCAGUUUUUUUCAGACACCAACGCUGGAGCGUCAGUUUAUAAAAAAGUUUCUUUUCUUCGUUUUUUUGAGCGACUCUGUUAAAGACGGAAAAAUUCAGAUAGAUGUUAUUUUCCCAUUUUUGUCUCCAGUGAGAGAACAACACAGCUUCUGCCGUGAUGAAAUAAAUGUUGUGUACCAACCUCUUAACUUUAUUUUUGAUACAUUUUCUUGCUAUUACGCUAUGUUGAAAAUGGUAAAUUGGUAUUAAUAACAAGAAAAUGUUCAUAAGGAAAUGUUUUGCAAGAUAUAAAAUUUUCCUUGAUACAGGAAACUUUGCUUGUUCCAUAAAGAUGGAAUAAAUUAAAAAGAGGGAACAUGUGAACCCACUAUGAGGACAAACAUUUGUAUUUUUUAUGGCUUUACAGUUUUUUACAAAAUAUAAUAUAAUAACCUAUCAUAAAUAUCAUAAAUACUGAAAGCAGAUGAAAACUGUCACAGUAUAACCAGAAUUUUGUUUCUACAAUAAUGAAUAAAUAAGUAAAAUAAAUGAAUGAAUUCACAUCUCUUUAAAACAAGAACAAAUAUUUUAACAUAUUUUUGAAGCUUUGGGGGAAAAUGUUCCAGCUGCAGUAAAAAACUUUUUACAUGAGACAUUUUUAUCAUAUUCUGAGUUUUAUAAGAAACAAUGACAUGAAUACUAAAAGAUCUUGGAAAUGUGAAGUAUUUUGAAAUUUACAUUAUUAUCUGACACAUUUCCUUAGGGGAAAAAUUGGUAUAUCACAAUAACAGGAGAAUAAAGUCUGAUGAGAUUAAAAAGUAGUGAAACUUUGUUGUGACACAAUAUCCUGAGUCCGUCAUCAUUGAACAGCUUUUUAAAGGUAGUAGAAGUUUUGACAUAUUUUCACAUUCUUAGAAAAAUAUUGUUAUCACUUGAUUCAUCUUCAAAACUCAGUGAAAGAAAUGUAAUGAUGAAAUGACAAAAGAAACCAUAAAUAUGUUUAAUGCCUUGAGUAUAAAAGAACUUUAGGCUGUUUUCAUGAUAUGAAAUUAAACAAAGUUUUAGUUCUUAAUAAGAAAAAGGUAAAAGUAUGAUUUUAAAGCUUGUUGAAAUUUUGAGAUCAUCAAAAAUAUAGUAACACAUAUAAACACAGUUUCACUCUGUUUAUGUGAGAUUUUACAAGAAACAUUGUUAACAUGCUGACAGCUGGGUUUGUGUUAUUCAAUUCAGUUCAGUUCUAUUCAAACAGCGCCAAAUCACAACAACAGUCGCCUCAAGGCGCUUUAUAUUGUAAGGUAGAUCCUACAAUAAUACAUACAAAGAAAAACCCAACAAUCAUAUGACCCCCUAUGAGCAAGCACUUCGGCGACAGUGGGAAGGAAAAACUCCCUUUUAACAGGAAGAAACCUCCGGCAGAACCAGGCUCAGGGAGGGGCGGGGCCAUCUGCUGCGACCGGUUUUGGUGAGAGAGAAUUAUAAAAUAAAACAUUUCAUUUUCUUGUUAUUUUGACGUAUUUAUCAGUUUUUUCCUUCUAAAACAAUAAAUCAUCUCAUCGUAAGGAGAAAACACAGAGUACAUACAAGUAUGAAUUAUUUUUUACGAUAUUACUUUUCAUGGUUUCAUGGGCUGUUAAAUCAUCUGUUUGGGAAUAAUAGUCUUAUCUACAAACAGUUAUUUUAUUAUUAUCAUUGUUUUAAACUACACGUGAAAGAUGGUUUUAAAGCCUCAGUGUUUUGGUGGUCAGAAACCUUCAUCAAUGAACUGUACAGGGGCAUCACUCAGACAUGCAUACCUGCUAAUUAGAGCUAAUUAACAGGCUAAUGAAGAAGAAAGAGAUUAGCACAAAUCUCUCAGAAAGUCCCGUUAACCACAUUCAUCAGGUAAAUGUGGAGUUAGAGAACUUGUGUUGCAGACACAUUUUAGUCUGUAGUGACCUUGGCCAACUUUUGAUUCCAUCUUCUAAUAACGAUCUUAUAAACGUAGGUCAUCAAACUAUUUUCAACACAAAUGGACACUUUGUCACUGCAGUAAGAAACCUGCCAUAUUUGUCUCGUGUUUACAUUAUUCCUUGUAAAAACGGAAUCUCAUGAUAGCAAGAAAAAAUGUCAAAUAUAAAAAUGAGAAGUUAUUUUUCUAUUGUAACUUUUUUGUCAUAAUUUAGUAUAACAAAGUAUUUUAAUCUCUGAUAUUCUGAUCAUGAUGAAAAUGUAUUCGUGUUGAACCUCACAGUGAAGAGGCUUGCCAUUUUUACACAGAAGUAUAGAAGUGAAAGCACCUCCUCCUCCUCCUCCUCCUCCUCAGGUGACCUCCCAGUGGCCUCAUUUGUUCUCCAUGUUCAUAUUUAGUCUUUCUAACCAUCUCUGAGGACUUUAAAGGACCUGCUCUCCCUUUUCCUGUUGUUACUAAACGGAGACUGAAGCGGACGCCACAAACUUUCACGCCGACCACUCUGACAUCACUGCUGAUGCAAAUGUGAUGUUGCUUUUUUCCCCUUCGCUAACUUGGGUGUCAGUUACCGUAGUGACCGACAGCUUUAUUGAUGACAGAGCUACAGUUGUACUAACCUGGUGACUGACUACAGUUCCCAUGAUGCAAUGCAGCAGCCCCGAAGAGAAGAACAUGUCAGAGUCAAAGAGAACAAGCAAUUGGGGGAAAAGGUCUGUUAGUGUCUCGUGAGCCGUGAAACGAGGGCACGGUGAUGAUGUCAUCAGGUCUGGAAACAAAGAAGAGUUCACGGAGAUCUGGUUCAGUGUUUUUGUUUUUUAACGCUUCAUCGUCCAAUCACGUUGUACCUACACACCUUCCUUUUGGUUCAGUUGUUUCGUCCGCUCAGCUGAGUUUUAAAGAUGUUCUUUUUUCAUCUAGAUCAACAACAGAACAUAUAAAAUGUAAAUUGUAACUGUAGAAAAGCACGACUGGAUUCACACAGGAAGUCAAAACAUUGAAGUCAUUUAUCUUUGAAUUUCCACAUCUGAAUAUUAACGCUGAGUGUUGAGGAAGUGAUUUCAGGCUAAGCCCAGGUUUCUGUCGGUGUCCCCUCAGAUAUUCUGGCACUGUCAGAUAGUUUUCUUACCUACAUCUGAUCCCGCUUGUGUUUCUUAUAUUUCCCAGAAUGCUGUUCAGCUGUUCAUUUUAUUACUGCAGUGCACCUGUUCUGCAUUUCAGUGUUUUCUGUAACAUAUCAGCUAUCCAGUGUUGGAUGUUCAUAUUAAACAUGGCCAAAGUUCAAAACACAAAGGUCAGUGUGUACAAAUAAUCACCGCGAGCGCUGGGCUUCAGACUCUCAACACUCAGUUUCAGCCCAUUUUUUCAGUGCUUGGGUCUGUGUGAUGUCAUAGAGAGGAAAUAUCCCUAAUAUUGUCAUCUCAGGCACAGCCUCACCCACCUGCUCUACAAACAGCAGAAAUCUGGAUUGUAGGAGCUAAAACAGGCAGUGAACCGAGCACCACGGCCCUGUUUGACAUAAAGAAGGAUUAUUUUGAACUUGGACUCAGGAGAAGCUACUCUAGAGAGUCCAAGGCUGAAAAUGUGAAGCUGGAAAUUAGCAGAACAGAUCUCGGUGAACUCGGUGAUCUAAAUUAUUUGUGACCUAUUAUUCCCUGAAGUUAGCAGUCAUACGUUAUAACAGUCUGUGUAAUAUCAUUUUUUUUUAAAGUUUGGAUUUAAUGUAUGGAGUACCGAACAGCUCAAGGGUCAAGAGGGAGAUCACACAGUGACCUAACAUGAUAUCAUAACACCACAGUGAGACAACUGCUCAUUGGCUAAUCUGGGCUUUUAGAAAAAAAAUCAACACAUUACGUCACGUUAAUGUCAUAUCAGAGUUGCCAUGAUGAAGAGUUCUGGAGGUGAUUUUCUUCCUUCCUGUGUGAAUGCAGCUGUCACUCUGCUGUCUGUAGACGUUUUUUCUUUCUUUCUUUAACCCCAAAGUGUAUUUUGCUCUGCGGUGCUAUUUGCUGUCUAACAGAUAUCUAGGAAAAACCUUCUGGUUGUGUUUGAAUGUAUUUGUAAAUGUGUAGGCGUGUCUUCUGAAGACGCACACGAGAACCGGACCGAUGUGGUCCAGCUGAGCCUGGACAGACACGCACAUACACACCUUCACUUUAUCCACCCCGACACACACGCACGCACACACACACACUGAAGGACAAACUGCAGAGCACUUUGAUUGGAGGAUGCAGGGGACGAAUGAACCAAUGGAGGGUUCGUGGUGAGGCAUGAUGUAAAGCUGCCAUGUGCAGCCAGUUAAUACUGAUCUAACACACCUGUACAGUCACCCACUGACCUGUGGAUACAGUGAUUGGUUUUAGUUUGUGAAUAAAGUGUUGAAUGCCAAACUGUG